AUGUCGCCGCACCGCGAGCGCCUGACGCGCUUCUACCAGAAGUACAACGCCGACAAGCUGCACGAGAUCGACGGCGUGCUGGAGCGCUUCAAAGGCCGCGAGACGCAGCUGUUCUCGGCGCUGGUGAAGAAGUACGGCCCCGAGCCGGCGGAGGACGAGCAGUUCGACGCGCAGCAGCAGCAGGAGGAAGAGGACGAGGACGACGAGGAUGAAGAGGAGGAGGAAGAGGUGGCCGCCACCGAAGUGAAGGACCUGAACCACCAGCGCCUGCUGGCCUUCUACCAGAAGUACAACCCCGAGAAGGUGGGCGACGUGCCGCAGGUGCUGGCCAAGUACAAGGGCAAGGAGUCCAAGCUCUUCGACGCGCUGGUCAAGAAGUACGGUCCCGAGCCGGGCGACGCGGACGACGAGGAGGACGACGCGGCCCACGACGACGACGACGACGACGAUGAGGAGCGCGACGACGAGGACGACGGCCAGCCCAAGCUGCGCAACGUGGUGUACUGCCCCAUUGACACGUUCCCGCCGGAGUACUGCGAGUACGGCCCCAUGUUCAACGAGUGCAAGCCGUGGCUGGCCGAGCACUGCCCCGACCUGGUGCUCACCAAAUACAACCGCACGGUGGCCGAGCUGCUGGAGGUGGAGCAGCAGAUCGCCGACGGCGUGGAGGGCAUCACGCUCGAGGUAGAGGGCAAGACCGUCAAGAAGAAGAAGAAGAACAAGAUCGAGGAGGCCGCCAAGCGCAAGGAGAACUGCAUGGUGACCAUCUCCAAGAGCUCGCGCAAGGGCCGCAAGCGCCUCACUUUCGUCACGGGCCUCGAGGACUUCGAGGGCGUCAACAUCAAGGACGCCUGCAAGAGUAUGGGCAAGAAGUUCGCCUGCAGCUCGUCGCUGUCGAAGACGGACCAGGGCCAGCAGCAGAUCCAGCUGCAGGGCGACUGCGUCACGGAGCUGCUGGAGGUGCUGCCGGAGAUGUUCGGCGUGCACGAAGACCAGAUCGUCGUCGUCGACGAGCCCGUCAAGGCCGCCAAGAAGGGCAAGAAGUAG